AGAGCAAGCAAUAAAUUCCAAACAAUUUAAAUAUAACACAGAUAAUGAUAUCUCGAGUAGUUCGCGUCAACAGUUUUAGUAGGAAACACGUUUAUUUUUUAUCAGAAUCGGACUUUGGCGCCAUGGCUUUAUCGUCCAAAGGUGUAUAUAUAGUGGGGGCGAAACGGACACCUUUCUGCAGCUAUGGAGGCCAGUUUCGGGAGUGGCAAGCAUGCCAUGCUUUCGUAGCGGCUGCCAAAGACGCGAUGAGCUCGGCCAACGUCGAUCCUGGCUCAGUAGACCAGACUGUUGUUGGGAAUGUCAAUUAUCUAAGUCAAUGCGAUGGCGGUAAGACUCCAAGGUAUUGUGGAAUAUACUCUGGGAUCCCAAUAGACAGACCCGCGUUGGGUGUUAAUAAAGCAUGCGGUACAGGAUUGCAGGCGAUCAUUACUGCUGCUGUGGAUAUGUUAAUAGGCACAUCAAAUCUAUGCUUAGUAGGAGGAACAGAGAUCAUGUCUUCGCUACCUCUUCUAGUCAGAGAUGUACGUUUUGGAACAACCUUCACUACCCCUUACAAACUGGAAGACCAGAUGCGGUCGACUCCUGACAGUUUCACCGGCAUGACGAUGCAGAAGUUGGCUAAAGAGACGACGAAAAAGAAUAGCAUUGCAAGGGAAGAGAUAUAUAAGUAUAAUGCGGAAAGUAUUUUAAGGUGGACACGAGCACAAAAAUCUGGUAUAUUUUCAAAAGAAAUAACCAAAGUAAAUUUAAAUAUUAAUAAAAAGGAUGUAGUCGUCGACGAAGACCAACCAGCACGAGCGGACAUUUCAGCAGAAGAACGAGACAACAUUAUAGCAUUAGAUAACGAAGAAAUAUCGGAUAACUCCUCAUCCCCUGCAGACGGCGCAGUGGCAUUGGUACUGGCGAGUGAAGAAGCAAUAAAACGACACAGUCUCCAGCCCUUGGCCAGGGUGGCAGGCUGGGCUUGCACCGGCAGCGACCCUAGUGACAUCGCUGCAGGAACCGUAACAGCUAUUCAGAAACUCCUAGGGUCGUGUAAACUGUCUGCUGAUGAUGUAGACUUGUACGAGAUAAACGAAACGUUUGCGGCACAAGUACUUGUAGUGGCCAAGCAGUUGAAGCUAGACCUGAGGAAAGUGAAUGUGAACGGAGGAGCUCUAGCAGUGGGAAACCCAGUGGCGGCUACUGGGGCGAGAAUGGCCACACAUCUAUGUUAUGAACUUGGACGCCGUAACCUGAAAAGGGGCCUCGCUGCAUCGCAGUGUGGACUCGGUCAAGGAAUAGCGGUUACGUUCGAACGACUGUAAUGAAUACUGUUUAUAUAGAUACAGCAGUAAUGCUGUCGCGCGUUUGUAUCGCAUCCAACUUUGUUAUUCGUAUUUUCAACGCACGACAGCAGCAUUUUAUUGAAUGCGUAUUUCCAAUGCGUGUAAAAUAUGCAUUCAAUAAGCCUUUACUUAUGUAACUUGUUUGAAUUUGUAUUUCGUAAAGUUUUCCUGAAUAUGAAACACUAUUUUUGAAGAAUACUAACAUUUAAUUACUGUACAAUAAACGUCUAUAACUAGGUAUAUAUUAUAUAAACGUAUAAAAAUGAAAUGAUCAUAAAUAAAUACUUAUUGUUGUUGUUGC